UUGACAUAGUUCAUGGUUCAUGUUGGUUUAUGUUUUUGUCGUUUUAGGUGUUCUGGUUUUUUUUCUGUGUUUAUUAAUGUCAUGUACAUUUAGUCUGAGAAGAAAAUUUCAACGUUAAGUGAAAUAAAAAAGAAAGGAAAUAUAUGAAUCGAAUUUUAGGAACAAAAUGUCUUCACAAUUAAGCACGAAAGAAAAGUUGUUAUAUAUCAUCGAUGAUAUAGAAUUGAUCUCUAAGGAAAUUAUAGAAAACGCCAUAGCCCCAAAGAGCUCGAAACUAUCAGGCCCGGAAUAUGCCCAAUUGACAGAUCUACUUGUCGCAAAGGACAACGAACUCAAUGAAACUUUGAAACUGGCUGCCGAACAAGCCCAAAUAAACAAAAAACUGGACGUUCUUAAAGCUGAAGUAGAACGACAGGACCAAGACAUCAAUCACUUACAAAAGCAGUUGAAAGAAGCAGAACAAAUAUUAUCCACUGCGAUCUACCAAGCCAACCAGAAACUUCAGUCGAUCGCUAGGGCCAAUCGAAGACCUGUCUCGUCGGAAGAACUCAUAAAAUUCGCACACAGAAUAAGUGCUUCCAACGCCAUUUGUGCUCCUUUGACUUGGCAGCAAGGGGAUCCCCGCAGACCCUAUCCCACAGACAUCGAAAUGCGGUUAGGUUUGCUAGGCAGAAUGAGCGACCCGAUUAACGGACAUUUGUUGGCGCAGCAGAACAGCAUGUCGGAUUUGCACAGGCCGGGACAUCCUGGAGAAAUCCCAGCUUCACAACAAAAUCAAUUCGCGUGGCACCCGUCUGGAGAAAUGCACAUCAGCGUCGGUCAGGGUACCGUACCGAUGGAUACCCGCAAUCAUAAGCAAGAAAACGAUGACGUGGAAGCGAUGUCGACUGAUUCCAGCAGCAGUUCUUCUAGCGAUUCUCAAUAACAGUACAAGUAUAUUUAUUUUUAAGUGUUUCAUUGUGUUUUUUUUAUAUUUGUUGUGAAAUAUUAAGGAAAUAGGAAUAUUUGACUCUUGAAUUCCUUUACUGUGAUAGCUAUUAUUGUUUGGACGCAUUUUUUUGUAGAAUUUUUUGCAUUUGUCAAUAUGUGUAUCAGGAAAUAUAGUUUACAUGCUGAAA